AUGAUUAAACAACAGCAACUUAAGGCGCAAAGCGCCCAGGUCCUUCAGACCAUUACAUACGCCAUAUAUGCAUAUAAUUCAAAGACGGCAGAACAAACGCAAAGGUUGAAAUAUGGAGAUUUGGAGAUAGUAUUGAAAAAUGACCAUUUCGAAUUCGUUUGCAAAGGUGGUGCAGUGAUAUCAAAUAUAAAAGAAAUUUUAUUUAUGAAUUCAAAAAUUAAAGGAAUAACGGAUGAUAUAACAUCAAUUCCACCAGAAGAACAGAGAUAUUACGCAUUAAAUGCAUUUCCUAAAGUUUUGAAGAUUGGAAGAUUUAAUUUAAAUGAGGAAUUCAUAGAAGGUUUCCUAAAUGACAUAAUGAAGAAGGUGGAUAAGGAAUAUGUGGAUAGUGAGUUAGAGAAGAAAGCAGAUAAGGAAUACGUUAAUACUGAAUUAAAUAAGAAGGCGAAUUUGGUUUAUGUUGAUGAAAAAGAUAAUGAAAUUAAAGAAAAGGUUGAAUGGUAUCAUGAAUGGACAUUGGAGACUUUUAAAGUUAAAGCUGAUACAGAAUGGGUUUCAGGAUGUUUAGACCUUAAAGCAGAUAAAACAUAUGUUAACGAUGAGUUAGAGAAGAAAGCAGAUAAAACAUAUGUUAACAAUGAGUUAGAGAAGAAAGCAGAUAAGGAAAAAGUUAUUUCAUUCAUUAAUACUGAGUUAGCAAAGAAAGCUGAUAUAUCAUUUGUUAAUGAAGAAAUAAAACAAUCAGAGGUCUAUUUUACUCCACCAUUUUUAAAUUUUAUGAAAUCAUCAGAUAAAACCUUUGAUAUAGAUUCUUUUGAAUGGAUAUGUUUCGAUGGAGUGACCAUGUAUUUAUUUUAUACAGCUGGAGUGCUUUAUUAUUUUAAAACAAAUUGA